AUGACCAAAUCAUCCAAUAAUAGGAAACAAUCUCCAGAACCAGCUGCGGUGCUUCCCCCAGCAAUCGCUGCAGCACUUGCUGCAUUGAAGGCAGAGGAUAACGCACGAGAACUGAGGGCGGCAGAACAUCAGAAGGAAACCUCGACCCAGAUUGCAUCGAUGAAGGAAGAGCUCAGCUCACUCAAGGAGCAAGUGAGAUCUAUGAAGGAGGAGCUGGCUAGCGAGAAGAGCACCGUGAAACGGAUCGACUCGAUCAUCACUCAAGCCGGCCGAGUCUAUACCUUUCUAGGCCAGCUUUACAGCAGCCGAGCUGAUACCCAAGACUCACCAACCCCUGCUCCGGAGGUCCAACCAAAACGUCGGAAAACAUAA